AAAAUAAACAAUAGUAUUGAAAGAUCAAUGUUAUUAAAUAACAUAAUUAUCACAUUGCAUGGAAAAGUAAAAAAAAGUAAAAGUAGCAUCUGAAAGUUUCUGUUCUCUUGGCUACCAGUUUUUGGCAAUUUAUUAAAUUAUUUAUAGGUAAAACUUUAAUUUUACACAAUGUCUCAGCAUUCAGAAAAAGAGUGUAUUGACGCUAGCACAACAAAUAUUGGUCUUUGCACAUCUCCUUUAAAUAAAUUUGUAUGGAAUAUGGCUAACACAAGAGUAUUAUUAGAUUUAUGGAAAAAUAAUUACAAAGCAUUAACAUCUGCAAGAAGAAACACAAAUAUUUACAAACAAAUGGCAGCUGAAUUUUCAAACACAUUUAAUAUCGUACCUCCGUUAACUGGAUAUCAAAUUCAAUCUAAAAUUAGUAAUUUGAGGAAACAAUUUAGACGAGAAAAACUUCAAGUUGGUUCAUUGGGAGGAGCUCCUAGUAAAUGGUGGCCUUACGAUAAUGUUGCCAAAAUAAUAGGUGGUGAAGCUUUCCUUGACAAUGACUCUUUAUCUCAAAGUCAAAACUUUUCUGCUCAAGAUUUUCAAGAUGGUCAGGUAAGUUUAGUAUAAUUUAUUGUUGUAUAUUUUAAAGUGCUAUAUAUUUUUUAAAGUAAUAUAAACAAGCAUGUUAACUAUUUCUACAAAAUAAGGUUUAAGAGGUUCUUAGUUUUGCAACAUUUGGCAGACUUAAAACAUAAAGAUCAAAAACAUAUAAUAUAAAGUUUUUGAAUUAUAAAAGGGAUCUUUUAAUAUUGGCCAGAUCAAUUUGUAAAAUGCUAUUGUCUAAAUAGAUCCUUUUUGUUUAGGGAAGGAAGGAAGUAAAAUGACUUCAAGUCAAGUCUUUCAAAGUCAAGAGAUAAAUUUUGAUUGAAACAUGAUUUAUAAUCAUUUCUCAAAUGUGUAAUUUUUUUAAUGUGUAUAUUUUAUUUACAGAUUACCACAAUAGAAGAUGGCAAGGAGACUGUCAGUAUUUUAAAUAUUGAAGCUUUGGAUGAUACAAGUGAUGUGCAAUCAAUUGUCACUAUUCCUGAUAAGGAACCAACUUAAUCUACAUCCGGCUGCAAUAAACGAAGGAACUCUGAUGAUGAAAAAACUUUGAAUAAAAUAGCAAAAACUGAACCAGUGAGAAAAAAUAAAAAAACAAAUU